AUGCUCCUCCUCCCUCGUCGGCUAUUCUGGGCGACACUGUCGCAUGCGAUUUUUUCGCAAUACGGUGAAAUAAUGGCGGCGUGUUUGAACCUAAUGAACGUCCCAAUUAAGGACUUUUUUCGAGAGAGUUUGAGACAAAAUUAUGGAAUCGAUAAUGAGGAAAGUUUCGAGACCGUAUUCUCAGCAUGCGCCUCAUUCAUGUUCAUUGGAUUAGCAAUCUCAUUUGCAAUAAUGGGUAGGCUGAUGGAUGGUUUCGGGAGAAAGGAGACAAUUUUGUUGAGAAGUUUCCUGGGCAUAAUUGGGUCGUUAUUCAUGUUGACCUCAUUACUGCUCAACCGUUUCGAAUUAUACGUAAUUGGGCACUUAAUUGCCGGCAUGCUCCAAGGUCUUCGGGUGGUUUUAAUUAUUUGGAUCGCCGAAUGUUCGCCGGAUUCGAAACGUGGAUUUUCUUCACUUUUUAUCAAUUCUGGAGGCGUUAUCAUGACACUUCUUGUCACCCCGUUAUGUCUUCCUACUGUAUGGGGGACGCAACAUUUGUGGUUCCUCCUGCCUUGCAUCACUGCUCUACUAGCCACAAUUCAUUUGAUAAUUACCGUAUUCCUUCCCCAAAGUCCCAAAUAUUUGUUCAUUCAAAAAAAUGACGAAGAAAAUGCUCGGCGAGCUCUGGAAUUUUAUUACAGUAGCGAUGGGGGACCAAAAGAGAUCGAUGGAACGAUUCGAGAGAUGAUUCAUGAGAAUAAACAGGCGGCAAAGAGAAACUAUGGCAUUUUGGAUAUUCUACAAAAUCGAACUCAUCGAUUUUCCCUAUUCCUGGUCUUCAUUUGCUCGCUGGUCCCCGUGUUCUCCGGCCUAAACAUUAAAUCUCAAUAUCUCGUUCAACUCCUUAUCUCCUAUGGCCUCUCCCAAUCCCAAUCCACAAUCGCCAUAAUGGUAAUAAGUGCCAUUUCCCUUCCAAUUUCCUUUAUCGCUCCUUUAAUCAUCGAAAAAUACGGUAGACGUCCAAUUUUCGUGCUCCUCACCUGGCUAUGUGCCUUUGAAUGGCUGGGAUUGGCGAUUCCGGAAAUGGCCAACAAUUUUGGAUUCAAAUUCGAUGUUCGCUGGAUUUUCGCCUGCUUGGCUGCUGUUCUAGGACAGGCUGCCGUUAAUUUGGGCAUGUUGGUCAUGGCGCCGAUUAUGAUUUCCGAACUUUGUCCGCUGAAUAUAAGAGCAAAAGUCUCGCAAGCAACGCAGGUUCCACCAAUCGCCAUCGCCGUUCUCGAAGUUUUCAUGUUCCCGUCCCUCCGUGCACACUUUGGCUUCUCCAUGUUCUUGUUUCUGGCCACUUGUUGUGCGGCUCUAGCGACAAUUUUGCAUACACAGAUGUUGGAAACUGCUGGGCUGGCUGUAGAUGAGAUCGUGGCGAGGCUCAGCGGCGAGCCAACGUUGACAAGAUCCAAUACUUCCGUCGGUUGGAUGCAUUACGGAAGUCUUUGGGAGAAAGACGAACAUCUGGCUUCUUAA